AUCUCUUUCCACCAUUCCACUAGGCGCGUUACAGCAUCCUCUCACCUCGCAAGCGCAAGUCCGGCGAGGGCUCGGCUUGAUCUCGGGCAUCUUUGUCGCACCAAACUUGUCUGUGUCGGCAAAGAGUAAGUAAGUCCAGAUGUGGAGAUGACCAGACGAGGCGGCGAAAGAUUCAGGACGCGUCUUUGAUUGAUCUUCAGUAAUUAAUAAAAGGACGCGACUGUCUUUGUCUCGUGAUAACAAAAGCGCGAUAAGGUAUUGGCCGACACAGACAUGCAUCAGCUCGCUAUGGACAGCACAACGUGUCUGCAGAGCCUGCCCCUAGAGCUCAUACACGGCAUCAUCAAGCUCAGCGAUGCUCAAAGCGCGCGCGAGCUCAGUCUAGCAUCAAAGGCGAUCCGACCGCUUUGCGCCUUGCGUUUGUUCAAGCACGUAGCGCCAGACUCACCAGAGAGACUGCGAGAACUACAUGCGCUCGCGACAGUCUCGCCUCAGCUUGCCCAAAGCAUUGGAACACUCAACCUCGGUACUUCUCCAUGGGCCGAGACUGGCGACGACGAGGCGCAAGACUAUGCCAAACAAUUACUUGUGCUGAUGGCGGGCGAACGCAUCCGAGCUCUCUUCUUGAGAGCUCUGGCUCUGCCUGCCUUGCGCACGGUUGUCGACCAUCUGACGAUAGGUCAGACGAACAAGCUCAGAGUGCUAUCACUCAGCAUACGCGAUGCACGCUCUGCCAAUGUCGCCGCUCGCUUGAUCUCGAUGUGUUUCAACAUACAAUCGCUGGAGCUAUACUUCAUACCGUCCACUGAAGACAAAGGCGAAGCGCAUGCCGAAGCGCAUUCCGACCUAUCGUACAGCAUCAUGCAAGCUCCGUCCCUCCGCUGGCUCGAGAUCUACAAGAACGAUGUCAGUCAGAUCAUCAGCAGCGAAGCCGGCUCUUGUCUGCCUUUGUUCGCUUCGCCCAGGCUUUCUUGGGCGGGCGAGCUGCGCGAGUUACAUCUCUUGCCGAUCUCACGCAGCGAUGCGCUUGCAGAGAUACUGCGCCCGCACGCCGCAAGUCUGCAGACUCUGACCACCGUCGGCUCAACGUGGGUGCCUCGAAGCUCGCCUUUGAUCGAGCAAAAGCUAGUCUGCCCAGACCUGCGUCAUCUCGAAGCUUACGGUACGCUCGACCUCCUUGUCGAGCUAUGCGACGCGCCGAAUCUACACUCGCUCGUCAUCAGCAGCUGUACAGACACACUGGUCUUCUGGCGAGCCCUGAAAGCAGGCGCAUGGCCAAAGUUGCAGCAUCUCACGAUCGGCUUCAAGUGGUGGCUAAGCAGCUUUCAGCGGCUUCGUUGGGAUCCUCGCAAGCUGGUACCGAGCUUGCUCGAAGAGUGCGCCAAACGUGGCGUUAUCGUCAAUCAGAGCAGCUUACAAGAUGGCUCUGAUUGUCAGCUCGAGUCUUUCGAUUAUUCGUUCUGGCAAGACAAUGAGCCAGAAACGGUAGCGUUCCUGCGACCUGACGAAGAGCCAGCGCCGGCCGCUCGUGGCGAAGACGAUUCACGUGCUGCUGACGACCGCGUUGAGAAUGCCCUCGAGCAAGUUAUCGUGGCGCCGGCAGCAGCUUGACCGAGGGACAUGGCAAGGACCUAGUGAGGAGGUAGGGCUCGAAGCCGGUGCGGCAGCCGCGACAUUGUCCCAUCACAACAAAAGGGUUCGCCCUGCGAGGCCAAGCAUGAAUACCUUCGCCUGCCAAUAACUCUCAAUUUGCUGCAAACAAACAUGUUUUCUACGACGUUCAUCACAAUUCUCACUGCUCUGCCAUUCGUGCU